AUGGCGACAUCAUCCCAUGUGUGGACCCAGGCCUAUGACUCGACUACUGUCAUCACCCUUGUCUUGGGUACCUGUCUGGUGUUGAUUAUGUGUUUUGGCUUGGCAUAUCUAUAUUCUGGUCUUGCAAGGAGGAAAUCGGCCCUUCAUAUGGUGUUUUCCGUUUUCUUCAUUUUACUGAUUUCCAUAUUUCAAUGGUAUUUUUGGGGGUAUUCUCUUGCAUUCUCUAGAACAGCAACUAAUAAAUUCAUUGGAAAUUUACACAAUUUCGGAUAUCAGAAUCUUGAAGACAAUUAUACAGCAGGGGCCAAUUCUAAUAUCCCGGAAAUGGCAUUUGCAAACUUUCAGGGGAUGUUUGCCUCAAUUACCGCAUGUAUCUACAUUGGCGCCAUUUGCGAACGUGGUCGAAUCUUACCUUUUAUUCCCUUUACCUUUUGUUGGCUAACGUUGGUUUACUGUCCAGUAACAUGUUGGAUUUGGAAUUCUAGUGGCUGGGCUUAUAAAUGGGGGGUUUUGGAUUACGCUGGUGGUGGACCAGUGGAAAUUCUUUCUGGCUUUUCGGGGUUUGUUAUUUCCUAUUUUUUAGGACCUCGUAAAGAACAUUUGAUGAUAAAUUUCAGGCCUCAUAACGUAUCCCUAAUCACUAUUGGAACCAUGCUGCUAUGGUUUGGUUGGCUAGGAUUCAAUGGUUUGACUUGUUUGACACCAAGCUUGAAGAGUGUUUACGCUAUAAUGAAUACUAACUUAUGUGCUGCAUUUGGCGGAUUCACUUGGUGCUUGCUCGACUUUUUGCGUACGAAUCGUUGGUCAACUGUUGGUCUUUGUUCGGGAAUAAUUUCAGGCUUGGUUGCUGCAACACCAACAUCGGGGGUUAUUCCCUUAUGGGCAUCUGUUGUUUUAGGAAUAGUGUCUGGAUUCAUUUGUAAUUGUGCAACCUAUAUUAAGGUCUGGUUGAAGGUUGACGAUGCAUUGGAUGUCUUGGCAGAACAUGGUAUUGCCGGAGUUAUUGGCUUGUUCUUUAAUGCAAUUUUCGCAGCAGAUUACGUGCUCGGUUAUGACGGUUACACCGAACACCCAGGCGGUUGGAUCAACCACCAUUGGUCCCAGAUGUAUAAACAGUUGGCCUAUAUCGGUGCAACUGCAGGAUACUCCAUGAUGGUUACUGCCCUCAUAUGUUUUGUCCUUGAUAAAGUGCCGUACUGUAAAUUAAGAGUCGAUGAGGAAGCAGAGGAAGCAGGUAUGGAUGAAGACCAGAUUGGCGAAUUUGCCUAUGAUUACGUUGAGGUUAGAAGGAACUUUUUCGAUGUAAAUGGGUUUGAAGAAUCUGGAAAUUCAGAGAAAGCUAUGCCACAUUCGUCAUCCUCUUCGUCAUCCACCUCUUCAACAGCUAACAACCAAAAUGUCUAA